AUGCACAUCCUCGAGACGAGCCCUCAGUCCGGUGUGAGCAAGUUCGAGGGUUUAGUCUGGCACAAGGCGCCGACCUCGGGCACGCCACCCUCGGCCCGGGCGUGCCACACCCUCACGCGGCUCGCGCACAAGCUGUAUAUGUUCGGCGGCUACGACGGCGCCAAGUGUUUCAAUGAUAUGGACAUCAUUGACCUCGAAACCAUGACGUGGAUGCAGCCGGCGCUCUCGGGGACUUUGCCGCAGGCGCGCAAUGCACACACCAUGACGGUCAUUAGUACAAAGCUGUACCUCUUUGGUGGCCACAGUGGCAACAAGCACCUUACGGACUUGCACAUCUUUGACACGCAGAAGCUGCACUGGAGCCAGCCGGACAUCCUGGGAACGCCACCUCCAGGACUUCGGGGGCACACUGCCAAUCUGAUCGGUCACAAGAUCUUCCUUUUUGGCGGCUACGAUGGCAAGGGCAGAACGAACGAGCUGUACAUCCUCGACACCGCCGAGGCCAAGUGGGUGCGCCCCACCUGGCCCACGGAGUCGCCUCACACGCCGCCUGGGAGGCAGCGCCACAGCGCGUCGCUCAUAGGCUCGAAGCGCAUCUACAUUUUUGGCGGCUUCGAUGGGAACAAGUGGUUGAACGACCUGCAUGUCCUGGACGUGGGAAGACUGGAGGAGAGUGCGCUGAAUGAUGUCGCGGUGCACACUCUCAUAGAAAACAUGGGCAGGCUCCUCAAGAGUCACGAGUUUAGCGACAUCGUCUUCCUAGUGGAAGGGAAGCCGAUCUAUGCCCACAAGGCCAUCCUCGUGGCCCAGUGCGAGCAUUUUCGGGCCAUGUUUGCCGGCGGGCGCUUCGCCGAGUCGCGGGAGGCAGAGAUUGAGAUUCCGCAGUGGAGCCACACGGCUUUCAAUGCCAUGCUGGAGUGGCUCUACACCGGCCAUGCUCCACGAGAAGUGUCCGCAGAACAUCUGACAGAGGUGCUCGGUUUGGCUGACCACUACACUCUGGAUGGCCUCAAGCACGUCUGCGAGAACGUGUUGAUCCACAGCGUGGAGAUCGACAACGUCUGCUCGCUGCUUCGACAUUCCGACCAGUAUAUGGCUCACGAGCUGAAGCGCUACUGCCUGGCCUUCAUCCUAAAGAAUUUCGACCAGGUGGCUUACACGCAAGCCUUCGACGAGCUUAGCUCCAUGCCCUCGUUGCUUCUCGAGGUGACCCGAGCGGCCGCCACGAAGGAUCAGGUGCCGCGGAACGUGGGCUGCUCCUCCGGGUCCAGUCCGGGCAUGUGA